CAUUACUGCUCACUGUCUGACUCCGCGUACAGUCAUAUGAAACAUAAAGUUUCUGCAGGAUGCUGUACAGUCUGUGAAAAACAUGCACACCCAAUGAUUCAGCAGCUUGCAGAACCACGUUUAGCCACACAAGCUUGAAGUAAUUGUUUUCUGUAUAAGCAAAUAUUCCUCUACAGUGAUGUCCUUAUCAGUUCAUCACAAUUUUGGCUCGCUCUUCUUUGCUACAUUGCCUCAGUUCAUUGAGACUUUGCAGGCAUUUAUUUAUGCACAGCUCUCUUCGGGUCUCGUUACAGGACUUCGGGUGAUUGCAGCAUGUUGAUUCUUUGCUUUUUCAGCCUUUCUGUUCUAGAUUUGCCGGUGCCAUCAGGAUCAUAUGAGCCUUAGCUUUAGCUAUUAGGCAGAUGGCCUCACAGUUCAUUUUAGAAUAAUUUGCUAUGCAGAGGAGUUCAUGAUUGACUCAACGCCUGUCUGCUUGGUGCCCAGGUCCUGUAUCUGCAAACCAAGCCCAAAUCAUCCCCCUCAGUCAGCAUGAGGAAACAAGCAAAUGCAGGAAAGGAUAAGACCAAGGAAACGAACAGCAGCAGACCAGAAGCCUCUGACUCUUACCGCUACAAGAUGGACUACCCAUGCAUCGGCACCUGUUUGGUUAUCAACAACAAGAACUUCCACCCAACAAUAGGGAUGAGCACUCGUGAUGGCACAGAUGUUGAUGCUGCCAAUGUUGAGAACACCUUCAGUAAGCUGGGCUACAAGGUCAAAGUGCACCAUAACCAGACUGCGGCGCAGAUGAAGAAACUAAUGCUAGAUGCAUCCAAAGAGGACCACAAGAACAAUGCAUCAUUCGUGUGUGUGCUGCUUAGUCAUGGAGAUGAGGGUGUGAUUUACGGCACCGAUGGCCCCGAAAGGUUCGAUACCCUGGCAAAGUGCUUCAGAGGAGACUACUGUGCGGGUCUGGUGGGGAAGCCAAAGCUCUUCUUCAUUCAGGCAUGCCGUGGUACAAACCUGGAUGAGGGAGUCAUUGAGACCGACAGUGUUGGAGACGGGCAGACGUCUGAGAAGAUUCCUGUGGAGGCCGACUUCUUAUACGCCUAUUCCACUGCUCCAGGAUACUACUCAUGGAGAAACACAACCUACGGCUCCUGGUUCAUACUGAUGUUGUGUGAGAUGUUGGAGCGCUACAGUGGGAAGCUGGAUCUGAUGCAGAUCAUGACGCGAGUCAACUACGGUGUUUCACGCUACUUCGAGUCCUCCAGCAACCUGCCUGGCUUUGGUUGCAAUAAGCAGAUCCCCUGUAUCGUCUCUAUGUUGACCAAAGACUUUUACUUCCCCGUCUAGAUUUACAUGGUUGAACCUCAAUCAUCUUUGUUCUCCUUGACCAAAUGCAAAGUCUGGUGCUGUGCUGCAGCUGAUGCAAAGCAGGAUGAUAGUGAUUUAAAUGUGACUAAACCCAUUUGCACAAUUGGCACUUAGAUUAGUGAUACUUUCAUUGAUUUUAGUGUUGGAUGUAUGUUUGUAUUAAAGUGAAAAAAAAAAACCUUAA